GAGAAAUAGCUCAGCUCUUCUUUCGCUGCUUUCGCGCGUUCAGUGCUUCAUUCUGCGAUGCGCCAAUUCUUUAAGGCGAACAGCUUCAUCGGAACGCUACGCUUCAUGUACUACAUUGCCAAAGUUUGCGGACUUAUUUCGUUUACUGCAUCGUUCGACGUGGUCGGCAUUCGGCGCAGCUUCAAGGACGUGCUUGUGUUUGUUGGGUUCAUGUUCUUCAACAGCUAUCUGGUGUUUAUGUCGGGUAUUCCACCUCAAAGGGACAGCCCUGCGUACUUUAAUUCUUCGCUCAUCAAAUUCAUCCUCAGCUUGUUCCUAACGCUCCAGUUAGUUGCGUUGCUCGGCAUCCCGAUCGCUAACUAUGUCCAGGCAUACCAGUACCAUCGCUUGACAGAGCUAAUCAUGGAGGUCGACAGCGGGUUGGAGCGACUUGGCUACGUACACGAUUACAGUGCAGAGUAUUUCUUCAGCACGAUCUAUCUCACCAUUUCGCUUGCCCUGCAGUUGAGCUGUCUUACGGGCACAGCCUUCACAAAUCCCUUCCUGGUGGAUUUUAAUACCGGCCACAACCUUUUCGCCCUUAUUAGUUUUGUCAUGUGCAACUUAGUGUACAUCAUGACCAGCUGCUUUUGCUGUGUUUCUCUGUGGGCGAUAAUGUACCGAUAUCACAAAAUUAAUGCCACGUUUUGCUUAUAUUUUCAUACCAAACUGCAGUCUAGGACCCAGCUGCUGCCCUUGUCCGAAAAGGAUACAAUCAAAUCUCUCGCGAUGCUAUACAUGAGACUCGGAAAUGCUGUGCAAAUCUACAACCGGUGCUUCUUCAUUCACAUAUUCUACAUCAUUGCAAGUGCUUUCGGCCUUAAUUUAGUGUCUGUUUUCACCAUCGUGCACGCGUACUUGGUCGGCAGCAACUAUGACCACAUCGAUCCGAUCAUGAUUUCUCAACUAUUUCUAAGCGUUUUCUUCAUCCUGAUUAUUCUGCAAGUAAUGUUUGCUGGGAACUUGAUGCAUCAGAAGGCCAAGCAGACAGCAAUAUUACUGCAUAAAGCAGUCAUCUACAAUGAUUGUAGCGCAGUAGUUAGAGAGCAACUCCGAUCGUUUUCCAUUCAACUAUCGCACGAAAUACCAAAAGCCUCGUGCUAUUUCUAUGACAUUGACUGGCGUUUUCUGCUUACGAUGAUAUCCUCGUUUGCUACCUACCUCAACAUACUUGUGCAGUUCGACAUCAUGCAGCUGCGAACCGCCAGUUUGAAGAAUAAUAGCACCCUGAUUGUCGUUUAAGAUUCUCAUUAUCAAACGCAU